AGAGUGCGCCGGACCCCGGAGGGAACUGGGAGCAGGAGGGCCUGAGCCAAUCGGGGCGGCCGGCGCCUGGUGCUGGGCCCGAUCCCGAUCCCCGAGGAGGCGCCGGGCCGGGCUGGGAAGGGAAGGGGCGCAGGCUCCGCUCAGUGCCUGCCCUGCCAGGUGCAGCCAUGCAAGAAAGCAUACGUUUUGCUUCAUCAGGAGAUGACAUUAAAAUUUGGGAUUCCACAUCUCUAACUGUGGUGGAGCAGUUCAACCCACACACCCCCACACAUCCAGUCAGCUCACUAUGUUGGGCCAGCAAUAAUAGAUACCUGGCCACUGCUUCUGCUGCUGGUGAUAAAAUAGUUGUUUCAAGCUGUAAAAGCAAACUCGUUCCACUCUUUGAAAUAGCUGAAGGAGCAAACCAGACAUGUGUGAGCUUAAAUUCUAGUUCUUCAUAUAUUGUAAGUGGAGGCCUUGAUAACACAGUUGGUAUCUGGGAUCUGAAAUCCAGAAAGGUUUAUCGUAGCCUUAAGGAUCAUAAAGAUGAAGUCACGUGUGUUACAUAUAAUUGGAAUGAUGGCUACAUUGCCUCUGGAUCUUUGAGUGGUGAAAUUAUCCUACACAGUGUUACCACCAAUUUAUCAAGUACUCCCUUUGGUUAUGGAAGCCGUCAGCCUGUUCGACACUUGAAAUAUUCAUCCUUUAAGAAAUCCUUGCUGGGCAGUGUUUCUGACAGUGGAAAUGUAACUCUAUGGGAUGUAAAUAGCCAGAACCCAUAUCAUAAUUUUGAAAAUGCUCAUAAAGCGCCAGCUUCAGAAAUCUGCUUUUCUCCAGUCAAUAAGCUGCUGCUUGUAACUGUAGGUUUGGAUAAAAGAAUUAUUCUCUAUGACACUUCAAGUAAAAAGUUACUGACAACAAUAGUAGCUGAUUUUCCUCUGACAACAGUAGACUUCAUGCCUGAUGGUACUACUUUGGCUAUAGGAUGUUCCCGGGGAAAAAUCUGCCAGUAUGACUUAAGGCAACUGACAUCACCAGUGAAAACAGUUAUUGCUCACAAAGGCUGUGUGAAAUGCAUACGUCUUCAGUUCAGUAGCACUUUUUCCAAGUCUAACCUUACAGGUUCUUCAAAUAAACCCGUAUCCAAAAAAGUAGAAGUCAAAGCUGGUAGUAAUCUUGGAGGAGUUCAAAAUACUGGCAUAAAAAAUGUUGCCUCUCAAGCAUCAGCAACAGUGUUAUCUCCUCUGGCAUUGCCAAAUGAGGAUAAGGGAGGAGAGGUUCUUCAGGAGAAAACAGGUUUAUCCCAUAGUUGCAGCUUGGAUGUUAUUCCAUCUAAAGAAACAGAUCAUGGGAAAAGUGCUGAUAAUAUGAAUGUCAGUCGAAGUAGUUUAGGAGAUGUGUUUUCUCCAAUCAGAGAUGAUAUUACUGCAAACAAAGUGAAUGAAGAUCCUCAAGGAAAAGGAGAUGGUGUGGAUUUUCAGUCCUACAUUUUGGGUGUGGAUUUUCUCCCACAUCUCACCACUGCCUUUCCAGUAAAAAGAAACCCAGUGGGCAGUAGUGCACAGGGAAUACGGUCCAGCCCAUUGCAUGCACUUGUGGGGUCUACAAUUAAAGAAGAGGAAGAGCAUCCAGAGACAGACACAAAGAAAAUAAGUCUUGGAAAGCAAGAAACUAAAGAAGUCUUAAAGCAGGGUCAGCUUUCAAAAUCGAGUUCAUCAAGUGCAGAAUCUGUAACUUUAAGUUCUCCGCCAUCAUUCACUGCUGUAAAGACUGCUGAUACAAAUGAGAGACUAGUGAAGAACAUUCAGGCCCAUCCUGCGUAUGAUCUACCAGUAAAUGGUACUACCUCAACAAGUCCAAAGAUAACAUCACCUGUCGCUGCUGGCGUAGCAAGUUCAUUGUCAGAAAAAAUAGUAGAAAACAUUGGAAGUAGCAGACCAAACGCACCUCUGACGUCAUUCCAAAUAAACUUCAUUCAGAAUAUGAUACAAGAAACAAUGGAUGACCUCAGAGAAGCAUGCCAUCGAGAUAUUGUGAAUUUGCAAGUGGAGAUGAUCAAGCAAUUCCAUGUGCAGUUGAAUGAAAUGCACGCUUUACUUGAAAGAUACUCUGUAAAUGAAAGCUUAGUAGCUGAAAUCGAGAGACUACGAGAGGAAAACAGAAGACUGAGGACUCAUUUCUGAAAGAUUUACACUGCUAAUUUUAUUAGCAUGAACCCACAACAGGUGGUGUUGCUUAUGACAGAUCAUCCAUCAUCACUCAAGUAUUGUAUGAAGACCUGCUAUUAUUUUGAACAGGAGUCUUUUUUUUCUAAAUAAAUGGUGCAAGAUACUACAUGUAAUUAUAAAAAUUUUAACUGAUAAACACUGUAAAAAGAAUGUUUGCAUACUCAUGCUAACCCACCUUGAAAUACAGCCUUCUAACGGAAAAACUAAAAGGAUAAGUACAGCAUCAGAGUUCUAGCAAUAUGUGAAGUGCCUUUUUAUAAACAAAAUCAAACCAGGACGGAUGCCUUUUCUGUAAAAAUUUUUGGCUAUACCUACUUUUCUAGCUGCCUACUUUUAUUGCUGUCAGAAACAAUCACUGUAGCUUGCCUUUUGGAUACUUUUCUUAGAGAAAAAGGGGAGAGAAACCUCAUCUUCUGCAUUAUAUGGAGCCUUGUUUGUAAGGAGCUGGAAAGUACAGUAUUUGGUUAACUUUAUGCAACUGGCAGCUCUUCUAUCCUGAGUAAAACUAGAGCUUGAAAAUAUUCCCAGAUUCAGCCCUAUGAUCUUUCUUAUUAUAUUUGUAUGACUGAAAUUUGUGUAUGUCUGCUGUAAACUUCAUUGUUGCAAAUGCAGCUUUCAUAACACAAUGAGAUUUUUGUUACAACUUUAACAAUGAAACUAGGAUUCUUUUUAUUUACAUGUAUUUGUCAUAGCUUGUCCAAUCUGACUGCAGCUUUAGACUUCCAAAUGUAAGUAUACUCAGCCAUUAAUAAUAUACCAUUGUGUAGAUGCAGUCUUUCAGUUUCUGACUUGAGCAUCUUUUGGGCCCUCUCUUGCUUCAUAUUUAUUCAUAGUUGACAACACAAUAUUGAGCAGUUGUGUUGCAGUUGCUUCUUGUCAGUUUAGCGUAAUUGUAGCCUUUUUGAGAUAGCUGCAUGCCAAAUCUAACCAGUAUCUCAGUUGUAUGAUUAACAUAAACCUUAAGGAGAAGUCAUUACUUCAGUAGUGUAAUGGUAUCAUACUUGUGUGUAAACAGUUCUGAAAUGAAGCUCAGUAUGCAGUCCUGACUCUGCUGAAGUUCAUGGGAGGUUUGCCUUGGCCUUUAUUUGUGCCAAGAAGUUAAACUAAAUUAAAACUUCGAUUUUAAAUUAAUUUUAAAAAUUAAACAUUAAUUUUAAUAUUUUCUCUGAGAGACUCCUACAAGUGCUUCUUCCUAUUUAAAUUGUUCUGGAGGCUUCUGAAUUUUCACACUAGUAUUUUUUUGUUUCUUUUCACACAAUCAAAACUGAGAACAAGGGAAGUCUGAGAACAUGGUGAGUUAAUUAGUUACAUCUAGUGUUUAAGUCCAUAAUGGCACUCUUCUACUAAAUGAGAAAGCCAUAAUAUAUAGUAUAACUUAUUUUUUUAUAUGUUGUAAAACUUAAAAUCCCCAAACCCUAUCUAUACCUUUCCUCUAUUUUUAACUUCUUUUAAAAAAGAGACUGUUCCUUUUUUCAUGUCAGUUAAUGACAAAUACAAUCUUGUAGCAAAAUGAGAGUGUUCAAGUAGCCUUUAAUGUUAGGGACAGGACUUGAAAUGUCUGCAGGUCUACUGCUUUUAUAAGCUUUUAAAAUAUUUCUAUAUCACAUCUAACUUCAUAGUGAAAGGAAGUGAAAUAUGUUAAAGUUUUUUUAGUAACUUAACACACAAUGUAGAGAACUUUGUUUUAUAAGAUCCUAGGAUGUGUAAGCUUGACACAUUGACCACACAGUUCAUGAAAACGAUAGUAGUUGAUGAUAGCAGAAAUAUCUUACCAUUCUUCUACAUGCUUUGCAGUUAAUGAAGUAAACCUCACAUAUUUGCUUCUCUUGAUUUGUUCCCCAAGUGCUCUUGCGAGUGUACCCAGGUAACAGCAGGGAAUUAGACAUGUAUCUUGGGUAUUUGGCUUGUAGAUAAUUUGUUUUCUUGACUCUGAACUACAUAAUGUUUUCCUUAAUUCCCAAAUGGAGGUGAAUAUAGCAAGAGUGAUUAAAAUGAGAUAUUUCUGUCUUUUUAAAAAGAUUUUUAGGGCUUUUUUCCAUAUCUCAGGAUUUCUGUAGUGCAGGUGGCUACACAUGCCAUGUGGAGACCCAAUAUGCCUACCACUAUAGGGGUGUUUUGCCUUGUACACAAAUCUGAUUUGUACGUUGAAAUAAAGCUUGUUUUAACCUUU